AUGGUGAUUGCUGGUGCGCCUGAGCCGUCGCCAGAGCUCGUUGCCGCCUGGUCGGCUGCGGCCGCCAAGCCUCCGGCGGAGCCCGAAAGGGUGACCAUGGCGACGAAGCCCCCUCUACCGCCGGCUCCGAAACCCUCGACAACAGUCUCUGAAAGGACUCCUCCCCACGCACCCGCGGAUCCCCUUGCCGCGCAAGGGGCUGGCCCGUCUGCCCCUGCCGUUGUUCCGUCUGCUCCGCCUGCGGCCCUUGGCCCCCCGGCUCCCCUUGUCGAGCCGUCGGCGUCUGCCCCUGUUGGGGGUGUUGCUGAUCCCCCUGCACCUGUCCCUGGCGCCCCUGUUGCACCGCCCGCUUUUGUCCCCAGCGUGCCUGCUCCGGCCUCUGCUUCGUCACCGAAGGCGGCGUCCGCCACCACUGGCGGACCGGCUCCGCUGGUUGCGCCCUUGGCGGCGGGUCAGUCCGCACCUGCUGUGACGCCGAUGGCCCCGGCAGGUCAACCGUCACGCCCUCCGUCACCUGACCGUCGCUCGUCGCGCCCCCAUUCCCCCGUGCCCCACCAGGAGCGCAAGUCGUCUCGUUGCCGUCUUGAGUCCCCACGGCGUUACCAACAACAGUCGCACUGGCCGGCUCACCCCGGAGAUGCAUGCGCCGCCAGUUCUUCUACCGCUGUUUCGGCACCUGCUCUUGGCUCUCGUCUCCAUCUGCCGCCGGUUCCGCCCGUUGCGGGAGUGGAGUUUGUGGCCGCGGGUGGUGGCGCGGCGGCGGCUCCGUAUGCUCUCCAUGUUGAUGCUGAGGAGCCGCUCCAGUUCCUGGCGGAGGCACUCCAGCCUCCGCAGACCCGUGUUCCCGAGGCGACACUCGGCCAGCUCCACCGCCUCGCGGAGAGUCUCCACGCGCUGCUGCUGAUUCAGGUCCUUGCUCACUCCUCUCUCCCCGUGAUCCCUCCUGAGACCUUCCGUGGCCGCCAGCGUGACACUUGCCUGGACGCCACGGACCAGCUUGCAGUGCUGCUGGCGCCCGUGCUGGCUGCGCCCGCGGAGGGUGGCGCUGCUGCUGCGGGACAGCUUGACGAGGCUGUCCGGGGCUUGAGGCGGCACUUGCGCACAGGAUCUGGAGCCGCGGCGAUCGGCGCAAGCACGCUUGUGGUCCGGGAGCUGUGGCGCUCCCUAACGGGCGUUCUUCACGCCCUUGGAGCUCACCGCAUGUAG